GAUAGAUGGACUUAGUUUUUUACAGUUAACAUUUACAGACAGUUUGGGAUUCAACUUUUUUGACAUGAUAAAUUUGUAAACCUUCAUAGAUUGUUAUGUAACUUGGACAGAAGCUAAUCUUCAAGACCAUGAAAAAAGCAUCUAAAGAAAAAGUUUGAUUUUUUUUUUUAAAUUCUGUAUUUUACUGAUAAAUGGACUCACUUUUUAAGUCAACAUUACACUUUUACACUGACAGCAGCAAUAGCAGGCGAGACACAGGGUUCCGCAGAACCUCUUACGAAUUUUUUAUUUGUAGUAUCAAAAGCUCAGCAAAUGUAACGAGUGUGUAAUCUUUAAAGAGACCAUCAGCGAAAAACUGACAAAGAUUGAUUUGGGGUGCUGAAGGACAAGAGAUGAUCUAGAGCACAUAUGCUUCUUCAAUAUCUCUGCAGAGAAAAAUAUUUUAAACACAUCAAGAAAUCCAAAGAACAUCCAAGCAUGUAUACAUCUGUUAUCAGUGACAAUAUGGAUCAGUCCAAAACAAAUCUGCCAAGAUUUACGUUACAUUUUAAGAAUGAAACAACACUUGAAAAAAUGCACCACCAUGUCACAGGUGUUUUAUGUCACGGAUUAAAUAAGGCAUACACAUUUACAUGGACAGAUCAGUUUUCCUCUGAUUGUAAUAUCACCUUGAAUUGUUUGAUGUCUGUGUUAGGCGAUGUAACAAAAGAAAAUGGUGGUUUACCUCCUACACUUUAUAUUCAAACUGAUGACAACAAAAAUAAAUUUGUGAUAAUGUUCCUAGCAAUAUUGGUGAAAAUGGAAAUUGUAAAAAAGAUCAAGCUGACAUUCCUCAUGGUUGGUAGAACCGAAUAUGGAAAAAAUUAGUGGUAUCAUUCUGUUGAUGAGAACAGAUCUACCAAAAUGGGUAAAGAAUGGUAAACUAAAUAGAGAAGAUGAACUUUGGUGGAUCAACUACUUAUCAGCCUUGGAGAAAGAAGACGUCCUGCGCCAAAGACUCCCUUGCCACAAAAUAUGGGAAGAUACAAGAAACCACAACAUCCACAACCAGCUAUGGAGGAUUAUAUGUUGGCGGCAAUUAACAACCACAUACAGACAUUUAAUAGGAACACCAAUGUCAGGAUUGUCACACAUUGACCACGGGUUUAAGACCUCAAAACUGAUUUUUAUUACUGAAUUGUAUUUUUUAUAUUUUGUCUGUAAUGAACCUCAUAGGAACAUUUGAUAGAUAAACCAUCUUCUAAUGAGCACUGUGCUGCCAAAUUUGUGUUGCUAUUAAUGAAAUGACUACAGCAUGUUUUGUGUCAAGUUUAAUUCCCAGAAACUUGUAGCUAUGUAUAAUAUUUCACUCUCUUAUUAAGUUGCUAUACAGCAAAAUUUCAGUCACUAUCACAAAGUGUUGUUCUUGAGUGACUUUAGAAAUAUCUGUAGUAAUAAAUCAUUCUACUGCUGCCCUUUUGUAAAGACAGCUCUGCAAUAUAGAAGUCACAAUGAUUUGAGUUAAAGCUGUAGUGACUUUAUCAAAUUUUACUUCAUGAGUUUAUUUUUUAAAGCAAAAUGGAAUAUAUAUAUCAAUGAACAUGUUAGUAAUGUAUCAUUUCAAACCGUUUUAUCUUGGCCAAUAUCUUAGAAACUAAUGUUGUUGAAAUGGUAUGAAUGUAUAAUUUAACACCAAGGUGAAAAGGCAUUUCUAAAUUUAAAAUCUGAAUCGAUUGAAUGCAAGGACACCCUUAAAAAAUUCUUUGUUACAUGUUUUAGACAAGAAAACGACGUUAAAGCAGGAAAAAAUCUUUUAAAAAAAAUUGGAAACAGUUUGUGUCAUAAAAUUUUUCGGGUAGGUAGGCAACAUCAAACAAUUUAAAUUUUAUUUUUGGCCCAAUGGAUAUAAAGUUUUAAAAGCUUUGAAGCAGAUACUUAGUUUGGCUUAUUGUUGUAAUGGAUAUGUUAUGGUGUUAUUAGACAUUCCAAUUAAACAUGGAAGGAAGACAUACUGACACCACUUCUAUGUCUUGACUUCCUUAUGAAUUGAGGGUUUUAGCAGAUGUCUGUAUGAAGCAAAAUAUCAUCUGCAUUGAUGUACUAUAGUUUGCCUCUGUUGCAUGGAAUUCUGUUUUUAACUUUAACACACAAAAAAAUCAUGAUUAUUUUGAAAACUAAGUGUUUAUGUAUAGCAGUGCAAUAUAUAUAAUGUUCACAAUUGUAUAAAUGUAAAUAUAAAACAAAAUAUUUGUAAAGAAUAUUUUAAUUGCUUCAGUCAGUGUUUUGACAAAUUAAUUCUGUGAUUAUUUUAAAAAUGGUGAAAUUGCUAUUUCUAUUCUGAAAGGAGUAGAUGUGGUAAGUGCCCUAUUAUGUCCCAAUUUGAAGUAAAUUAUUUCAGGCUGAAAAGCUUUUGAAGAUGAUGCAUAAAAACCUAUUGAAAUUAGCCUGUUUUAAUUGGUAGGAAAUGAAAGUUAUACUUAUUUUUAUUUCAUGAAAAAAAUGCCGAUAAAUUAAUAGAUCAAAAAAACAGCAUUUCUCCUAUCUAUUCAUUGUUGUAACUAUGAUGCAUUGUAAUAAAGGCCAUUCAAUAAUAAUUUGUAAUUAUAGGUAGUAGUAGGGGUCAUAUUGGGGCCUUAUUGAACCUUCUCUUUUGUACAAGAUGAGAAAUAGAAAGCUUUACUUAGCCUUAAAAUUCAAAUGUAUGCAUGUAUGAUUAUUAGACAAUAGAACUUACUUUUUUUACUCAUAUUUUUUUUAUUAGUCAGGCUUUAUGCUUUGAAGUAUUGACAUUUAAUGAAAAAGAUGUAUAUCUUAGAUAGAAUUCACCAGUGUAAAUAACAACUUUCAUUUGGAAAGAAAUGUGUUGAUGUAUCAAUUUUCCAUAGUUCUUUUGUAAAUACAAAAUAAAUAUUUUAUGUCAGAAAUAAUUGUC